UGAAACGACUCGACAGAUUGCUCGAAGGCAUCGAGCCGUUCGCAGAGAAAGCCGCGUAUCUCCAAACAGUCCAAGUGUCAGUGAUAAUGUUCGUGCUGAAAAUUUUCUGAGUGUGAAGAUCACCUGGUGAUAAAUAUGCCAGCGGCCUCAUCGAUUUAUUGGGACUCGGUCGACUCCCAGAGAUCAUCUGGUAGCUCUGCUGAUGCCGGGAGCAGUCGCCAGUACGUGGACCCCUGGGAUCUGGAGAAUUACGCGUACCUGAGGAGACACAGUGUAUCAUCAUCACCGCAGAUGUAUCAGCCCCCCAGAACCACGUGCAGCCGAUUUACCACCAGGAAAGCCGAACCAGAGCCGGAGUAUUGGUACUCAUCACGGGAACCCAUCAGGGAACCUGGGUAUCACGCCCCAGCAUCCGUCGAGGAACUCUACUUCGGACCUCCUAGACAAACCCAGAGCUAUUAUCAACCUAUUUACGAGGAGGAAAACCCUCGGUACGCUGCACCAGUUUAUGCACCACUCUCCGACCUCGAUUAUGGGAGACACCCCGAGGAUCAACGGACGAAGGAGGUGACCCGCAGGAGGAAGCCAUCCCGGGUGACAACACCCGCUAGAGGGGACUGCGUUUAUCACAGCUCGUCGAGCGUACAGCGACGAGAUCCUGUCGAGGAAGCGGUCCCCCAGGUGACGAGAAGCCAAGAGGAGUGUUACGUGGAUGUUAUCCCACCUACCAAGCUGGGACUCAACACCUAUGGCUAUCUCAAAAUUGAUUACGACAACAGCUGGAAUGCUCUUCAACGAAAAAUGUCUAAAUGAUUUUCACUCGUCAAUAACUAAAGCUUUAUUACUCUAGAUUACGUUAUACAGAAUUUAUUUUUUAUUUGUAACGAAUUACUUUUCGAAUGAUACGUUGUAUAUAGAGAAACACUAGUACCUUUUUAGAAUUAAUUUCUAAUUCGCGUGAGAUAAUUACGAUACGAUAUUUGUAAUGUUUUUUAACUCUUCAGGGAAUGGAAUAAAUUUAUUUUUCUUGAUGAUCAAUUGAA